AUGGAGGCGACACUGACUCCUCAGCACGGCAACAGAGGCGAUGUACCUUCUGGUCUCCAUGUGGUUUUCCAUCACCCUCACCCAUGCUCUUCUUGCUGUGCCUGGAUUCCAGCCAUCGUGUCCUUCCAUCUACAAAAUCCUCCCUAUCUCAUGGCUUUUAUGAUUGUUCUGUCUUCUGCUUCAGGAUGCUUAGGAGGAAUGAGUGAUUUUCUGCUGCAUGAAACACAUGUAAAUUUGAAACCACAAUCAGAUAUCUAUGAUCAGGUAGCACAUACUCUGAAGAAACAUCAGACUAGAUCUAAUCACUCUACUAAGGACAUCUGGUCAACCUCUGAAGAAGAGUCUAUCAAGCUGAGAUGUGAAGAAAACACCGGGUCUGAGCCCAGAGAGAAUCUUGAAUUCUGGGAAGGCUUUGAUUCCCCAGUGAUUCCUGAACAACCCCAAGAAAGUGCUGGAGGACAGCGCCAAGGACUGGAAACGGGAGAUGGAGGUGCUGCCAGAGCCACUGAAGGACCUGAAGAAGCAGCAGGCACAGGUGGACUGGGGAGCCAUGGUGCGGCAGCACGGGCUGUCCCGGGUUCACCCCAGUGGCGGCAGCAGGAGGAGGAUGAGGCUGCAACUGCGCCCCCGGCCCUGUGGGCCCAGCCCACGGCCAUCCUGUGUGAGGCCCCGAAGGCCAAGAGGAGGGCGGAGGGCGUGGGCAGCAGGUCGCAGCUCUCUAGCUCGGUGGUGCUGAAGAAGAGAAAGGCAGAAGUGAAGGCCACUGCCUCCUGGCGCCUCCUGCCUGAGCCAGCCGGGAGCCUACGGGCAGUGGGCAAGCAGGAGCGUCUCAGCCCGGAACGUGAGGACCACUUCUCCAGAGGCCUGGAGGAUGGGCAGCACGGUGAACCAUCCUGUCAGGAAGCCAGAAGGGCUAGGCACAGGGACCCAGACAGACACCGGGGCCCUUCCCGCCCAAGGAGAAGUUCUGCUGACAGGCCUGGGAGCGGGUCGCUUAGGGAGGGCCGAGACAGCCGGAGCCUGCAGGCUCGGGAAGUAGGGUGUGAGUGCUACAAGGCCAGGCGCCCAGGCCGACAGAAGAGCGAAGGCCUCCGACACGGGCACAGUGGUCGGGAGGCCCUGCCUGUGCCUGGUGGCAACAGGAAAGACCAGGACGGGCCUGUGGAAGGAAAACCGAGCUUGGAACUCUCCGCCCUUCUUCGGGACACAAACACCUUUCAGGGUGUAGUCAUUCGAGACAGGGAGACCCCAGAAGCGCGCAUCCCCCAAACACAGUGGCGGCUCUAUCCCUUUAAAGAGGACGAGCUGCUCUCCUUCCUGUACAUCCAUCUCUAGAGUGCUUACCUUUUGGGGCGACGCUGCGGGAUCGCGGACACUCCCAUGGAUCAUCCAUUCUGUUCCAAGCAGCACGUGGUCCUUCAGUACGGGCUGGUGGAAUACUCUCGUGCUGAUGACAGAAGGGUGAAGCCCUGUAUCAUGGACUUGGGCUCAGGCAACGGGACUUUCUUGAACAACAAGCGUAUUGAGCCACAGAGAUACUACGAACUCAGAGAAAAGGAUGUCCUUCAGUUUGGGUUCAGCACCAGAGGGUACGUCCUACUGCACGAGUCAUCACAUACCCCCGAACGAGACAGGAAGGAAGACAUGGAUGAGCACGAGCAGAGCGUAGUUUCUCACAGCUAG